AUGGAAGAGGACGACGCCACAAGCGGCGGUGGUGAUAUAGCAGGCGGCUCCUCAGGAGGCGGCCUUGGGGAUUGGCCAGAUGAUGAGGAGGAGGCCCACGAGCCGCGCCACAACCGCGGCGCCGACAGGGCCGGCGCCAGCUCUUUGGCUGCGCUGACUGCACCAGGUGGCGCGCUGAAGCGCAGAGCCGACGCCGGGGCCCCGCUCUCUCUCGAGCGGGCCCCGUCUGCUUCCGUGAUUGGGGCGGCGGGCGGCUCUGCAGAGCCCCGCCGCGUGGACCCGCUCGCCAACCUCCAGGAGGCGAUGGAGAGGAACGAGCGGGAGGCGCGGGAAGAGCGGGAGGCCGCGGCCCAGGAGAAGGUCGCGGCGGCCAAGACGGCGCAGGCUCAGGCCGACGCCGCGGCCAAGGAGCAGGAAGACGCGGCCGCCAAGGCGCAGAAGGAGGAGGCGGCUCGCAGCCGGGCCCCGGAGCCCAACGGUUGGGCAGCAUGCGGAGCCGCAGGGCGCCGUCGUGCAGAGAAGGUAGCCUCAGCACCACGGCCGCUGGAGAUCGGGGCCGCUAGCUCUUCAUCCCCCAACGCCGAAGCCACCAGUGCCGCCCCACCGGAGUGGACGCCUGGGGGCAGGACGGGUGUUCUAAACACGGCCGCACAGGACGUCCAGGCCUGGUUCCAGGCCCAAGGCGCCGCCCUCCAGCAGUACAUGCAGGCGUUCUUGGCGACGCGGGCGGCCGUCCGGGAUUACCACAACAUCUGCGCAGCCGCCUUCAACUCCCAUGUCCAGGAGCUGGCCAAGCGGACCACUGACUUGACCGAGAGGCGGAGGACAGCCCCCGAACUGCAGCAGCGCCUGGGCGAGGUCCAAACCGAGCUGCACACCAAAGAGGAGGAGCGCAGCAAGGCGGCUCAGGAGUGCGACCGCUUGGCCAAGGAGCUGGCGGAGCGGCACAAGGUGGAGCUCCAGAAGGUGAAGGAGAGGGAAGACUCCCUCACGGCCGGGUUCGAGACUCAACACUCGAACUGGGUCGAGAAGGAGAAAAUCCUCACCGACGGCUAUGGCGAGAUCGAGGACAUGAUCGAUGAGUUCUUCCUUGUUUACUCCUUCGCUAUGAUCCAUGCCAUCGAGGCGCGGUGCAAACGGCGUAGCAGGGUUGGAGUGGAGAUUCCGCCCAACGCGCCUCGGAACCUCAACGAGCAGCUUCUGGCCGUCAGGACGCGCCUGCAGCCGGCCCACCUCCUGCUCCGCCGCCUGCAGCGCGCCGGGGCCCAGGUGCUGACCGCCCUCUGGCCGAACGCCCAAGUGUCGUGCACCCCCAGUCAGACUGCUGACUGGCUAGAGGUAGCAGUCGGCCGCUUCGAGGCUUGCAAGAGCGCUGCAGCUCGGGCGGGUGCACGGACGGCCUUGGAGUUCGCCAAGGCAUGGUAUCCGAGCCUGAAUCUGGCCCAGCUGGCCACUUUUCCGUGCUGA